GACCAGGUUUUUACUGAUCAUUCUGAAUUCCUUCCUCUUUGUUCUUCUGCUCUCGUCUUCUCUUGCUUCCAUGGAAUUGUUGCUCAUCAAUUGUUAAACAUUAGAAAAACAGCACUACAAAAUAUGGUUUGGGGAUUCUUCCCCGUCGAUCCUCUUUCAGGCGAGGAGGAAUUCUACAUUUUUGCACCUGGAAAGUAUAAAGUGGGUCGUAAAGGGUGUGAUUUGCCUAUAACAAAAGAUAAAGGAGUUUCCCGUAUCCAUGCAGAAAUAGUUGUAGAUACUAUGAUCUUUUUAAAUUCCCACAAGAGUUGCUUAUCUAACGUUUCCUCUAAAGUGAAGAUUAGAGAUUGCUCCAAAUAUGGGACAUUUGUUAGAAGGAAUUCUGGGUUGAAGGAGAAAAUUCAUGAGCUUCCGAGAAAAGAAGCAAGCUUGUAUGAUGGAGACAUGGUUUCAUUUGGAUCUGGCAAUGCAACCUACAGGUUCUCCUUUGUACAGCUCUUGUUUUACGUUAUCCAUUCAGAGUCCUUCCAAGUCCAAUUGCUUAGGGACAAGGUUUCAUCCAUCGGUGCUUGUACUUCUCAUGAUAUUCAGGAGUGUACGCAUGUGCUUGUAGAGGAACUGAUGCCUUUUAAUGAAGCUCUAGUUGAUGCCAUCGUGGCUGAGAAACCUUUUGUUCUUACUAGUUGGGUUGAGUUAUUUGCAGGAAGAACCUCCUGUAACGAGAUUCCAUCCUUUGAUUCUUAUCAUCCAACAAUGGCCGUGGAAGGGAUGCAUGUCAAAGUUAUGGACCCGAACACUCGUAAAAACUGUUUGAGUGGAUACACUUUUUUACUAGGGUCGGCACAUAUGCAGUACAAGUAUGGGGAUCGGUUGAAGAAGUUAUUGCAACAAGUUGGUGGUGCAAAUGUUUUAUCUAUUGAGGACUUCUCUUCAGAUAGCCAAGAUUUGAGUAAUGGAGAAAAUGAUCGGGUAGUAUUCGUUAUGUCUGGAGGAUCAGCAGAAAAGUUGGAUUCCUCCUAUAAGAUUGAUUCUUAUUAUAAAAUAACUGAGGUGGCUUUGAUAUCUUCUGUUUUGAGUGGAAGGCUGGACAGAGACAAUUUGAUACAUCCUUGUGAACCAGGUUCUUCUACAUGCUCCACUGAUGAGACCGUGGUGGCAGAAUCCGAUCUUGAAGCAGAAACAAGUAAACCAGUUGUUUCUAAUGUCCAAGGGCCAGAUGAAUAUGUAAGCAAAUCAGAGGAAUAUUUAAGCAGAGCAGAGGUGUCCAUUGACAAUGCUGCUACUGGAUCAGCGGGUGACCAUGAAACAUUCAAAAAUAGUUACAGUGGUGUCGAAAUGAGAAAAGACAAGGUCGAUGAAUCUGACAACAGAAAUAUAGACAUUAUAUUCAGUCAAAAUUUAAUUGUGCAGAAUGCGAUGAAACCCUACUCAAUAGUCACUGCAGAAAACAGUGGAAUUACAAACUUCAAACGCUUCAGAAAAACACAAACUCACUCUGGAAAUAGCUUUUAUGAUCUUGUCCCAUUUGAUAAGUAUCCUUACAAGGAUAAUGGUGAUGGGAGGGAGGAUAUUGCAGAGUCCUUGAAAGAAGAAAGAAGGCGGAAGGAAACAGAAGCUAUAGCUGAAGAUUUAUUUCAUAAUGAGAAGGGACGGCGACGUGGAAUGGCUGGUUCCCUAAAAGAGCUUUUUACUCGUUCUUAAAAGCAGGUAUUUAGUUUUGCAUCAAAGAAUCCUCUCCCUCUCAUUAUGUAACUUCAAUGUCUUUGUCUCUUGUCGAGAUGCUUGUGAUCGUGUCGGUGCUUGAAACAGUUUAGUCGGUAUUUUGGGAUUUGUAUACGAAAAGAGACCAUUUGCAGGAAAAUGCUACGGCCAAAUUUGGGAUGUUGAGAUGCUGAUUCUUCUCCACAUUUACAACUCUCGGAACCCCCCACAUUGCUUUAAAUUUUGUAAUUAUUUUUUAAUUUGGGCUUGAUGUAUGCCUAAGCAAAGACUUUAUAAACCAAGAAGUCUAUAUAUAUCUGCCUUUUGAUUUUCAUAGUUUGUUCGUUCUUGUCUUCUUCUUCCGUUCAAAAUCUAUCUAUGAGAGUCUUAGGACUCAUUCAAAUGGCAGAUAUUGUAUGAAUAUUAAAUGUAUGAGAUUUAAAUAUUUAGGAUAAUGUUUUACAGGUAUGAA